CACCAACCGCCCGCCCCCCUUGCGUGCCGCGAGAUUACCGCCACCCCUCUCCAUGAUCCUCCAGCCACCCCGAACCACCACCUCGGACCCCCCGUAACGUCCCCACCACCACCACCACCACCUCCUGCUGCUGCUGCUCUCUCCACCCCAUGGCGUUCCCUCUGCCCCGUCCGCGGCCCCCCGAGCUGCCGUCGCACCGCAUGCGGAGGCUGGCGUGCGGGCAAGGCGCCGUGCGAGCCGUGCGCUUCAACGUGGAUGGGAACUACUGCCUGACGUGUGGCAGUGAUAAAUCCCUGAAGCUGUGGAACCCGGAGACCGGGAGGCUCCUUCACACGUACAGUGGACACGGAUACGAGGUGCUGGACGCGGCUGGCUCGUGUGAUAACUCGCAGCUGACCUCGUGUUCGUCGGACAAGACGGUCGCCUUGUGGGAUGUGGCCAGCGGACACAUGCUGAGGAAAUUACGAGGACAUGCGGGGAAGGUGAACUGUGUCCGCUUUAAUGAGGAGUCAACAGUCAUUUUGUCAGGCUCGGAGGACACGUCUGUGCGGUGCUGGGAUGUGAGGACACGCGGACAACGUCCCAUACAGACGCUGAGUGAAGCCACAGAUGGAGUCACGGGGCUGGAUGUCACCCAGGGGGACAUCAUCACGGGGUCGGUGGAUGGCCGGGUGAGGAGGUACGACCUCCGCAUGGGUCAACUUCACACAGACUUUGUGGGCAGCCCUGUGGUGUGUGUGGCGAUGACGCGAGACUCUCAGUGUUGCCUGAGCUCAGCCUUGGACUCGACAUUGAGGCUCAUGGACAAUGACACGGGGGAGCUCCUCUCAGAGUACACAGGACACGUGAGUGGACGCUAUAACCUCGACUGCGCGCUCUCAGAGCGAGACACCCAUGUGGUGAGCGGCUCCGAGGAUGGGAAGGUCUAUUUCUGGGACCUCGUGCAGGCCUCACUCGCUCUCACUCUCGUCGUGGGCAGUGCAGUCGUCCACUCACUCUCGUUCCACCCAAGCAGCCCCAUCCUCCUCACGGCAUCUGAGGGGACGGUGGAUGUGUGGAUGACGAAGAGCGACGAGGAGAAAGCCGAGGAGAAAGAGGGGGCAACAUAGGGGCCACAGAUCACAACUUCGACCACACACUACACUUUAUACCACACCAUAUUACACCACAGAAACGACAUUAGCUUAUACUACACAACGCAGCACACUAAACUCACAACACACACUUUACUACACAAAACACUAAACUAAACCUGACCACAAAUGGUAGCUCAACGUGGUGGCUUAUCAUGUGGAAAUUUAUUGCAGCUAAAUACUCGAAAUGCAUGUUUCUAUAUGUGGAGGGAAAAACCGGAGGACCCUAAGAACAAUCCACGGGGAGAACAUGCAAACUCCAAAUUUCCGGGCUUCAGGGUCAGGAUUAAACCCAUGACCUGUAUACCAGGCAAGGGAGAUAACAUCUCGCACACACGACACCACACAGCCUAUACACUAUACUACAUAACAGACAUGAUAACCUACAC